AGUUUUUGCCCGCUGUAUCAAUAUAUAUUAUCCCGCCGUACUGCGUCUAAAGAGGACAAACGGGAACGUCAACGACGAACGACCUCCUCCCCCCGGUCCUCCCGCUCUCACAAGACUGAGUGAAGACAAUUCAAAAAGCAUCGUGCGAGAGUCUGGGUAAACUUCAGACAUGACUGAAGAAUCGUCAGAACGAUAUGCGGGCCGCGGAGUCUCCUCGACCAAGUCUGAAGUGCACAACGCGAUUAAAAAAAUAGACAAGGGCUUGUACCCUCUUGCGUUUUGCAAAAUCAUCCCCGACGUCCUCACCAACGAUCCAGAAUGGGCCCUAGUAAUGCACGCAGACGGCGCGGGCACCAAGUCCUCCCUGGCGUACAUGUAUUGGAAGGAAACCGGGGACCUGAGUGUCUGGAAAGGCAUUGCCCAAGACGCACUGAUCAUGAACCUGGAUGACCUGCUCUGCGUGGGUGUCACGGACAACAUCCUCCUUUCGUCCACGAUCGGACGCAACAAGCACCUGAUCCCGGGGGAGGUGCUCGCCGCCAUCAUCAACGGCACGCAGGAGCUCUUGGAAGAGCUGGGCAAGUGGGGAAUCCAGAUAACGAGCACGGGGGGGGAAACGGCGGACGUGGGUGACCUGGUCCGCACGAUCAUCGUGGACUCGACCGUGACGGCUCGGGUCAGACGGAGCGACAUCGUCGACAAUGCCAGGAUUCAAGCAGGUGACCUCAUCGUCGGACUUGCCUCCUACGGCCAAGCUGCCUACGAAGACGGCUACAACGGGGGCAUGGGCUCCAACGGCCUCACCUCCGCCCGGCACGACGUCUUCAACCGGAGCCUCGCGACGAAGUACCCGGAGUCCUUCGACCCCCAGUUACCUUCCUCCCUCGUAUACACUGGCAGCAAAAAUUUGACCGACUCAGUGGACGGGGCGCCGUUGGAUGCAGGGAAGCUCGUCCUGAGCGCGACUCGAACCUAUGCGCCUGUAAUCAAGCGAAUUCUGGACAAGCACCGGUCGGACAUCCAUGGGAUGGUCCACUGCUCGGGCGGAGCCCAGACGAAAAUUUUGCAUUUUUUGCGCGAAGGUUUGCAGGUGGUAAAAGACGCCUUGUUUCCCAUCCCUCCUUUGUUCACGAUGAUCCAGGCGGAGUCAGGGACCGAAUGGAAGGAGAUGUACCAGGGAGGCGUCGAUGUGGCCGGGCCUGUGCCCCUGUCUUGA